AUGGCUGAAGGAUUGCAUGGCCGUGGCACCGUUCUCCCCGUGCCUGGCAAGCGGAAUAUACUUAUCACCAGUGCUCUACCGUUCGUGAACAAUGUCCCACACCUUGGAAAUAUCAUAGGGUCUGUGCUUUCCGGAGAUGCCUUCGCAAGGUACUGUAGAGGACGUGGUAUCAAUACUCUAUACGUCGGUGGGACGGAUGAGUACGGAACCACAACAGAGGCAAAAGCCUUCGUAGAGAAGUGCACGCCACAAGAGCUCUGCGACAAGUACCAUGCGAUUCAUGCGGAGGUAUAUGAGUGGUUUAAUAUCAGCUUCGACAUCUUUGGCCGCACUACGACACAACUUCAGACAGACAUUACUCAAGACAUCUUCUUGAAGCUAGAGAAGAACGGUUUUUUGAAGGAGCGCAUGACAACCCAGCUGUACUGUCAGGAGCAUCACUCAUUCCUUGCAGAUCGCUUUGUAGAAGGUGAGUGUCCGGUCUGUGGGUAUACGGAUGCUCGCGGCGACCAAUGCGAUCUCUGCGGCCAACUCCUAGAGUCCCUACAGCUCAAACAUCCUCGAUGCAAAAUCGAUGGCUCUAAACCGAUCACUAAGGAUACAAAACACAUUUUCUUGGAAUUAGAUAAGUUGCAAUCUAAUAUCGAAACAUUCUUUCGGGACUCCGCUGCAAGCGGUGCAUGGUCGAACAAUAGCACGGUCAUUACUUCAGCUUGGUUGAAAGAAGGAUUAAAGCCACGCAGUAUAACUAGAGAUAUUAGAUGGGGAACCAGGGUUCCAUUGCCGGGAUACGAAGAGAAGGUCAUAUAUUCGUGGUUUGACGCCUGCAUUGGAUACGUAUCCAUCACUGCUCAGUACACUGACCAGUGGGGAAAGUGGUGGCGAAAUCCUGAAGACGUUCAACUAUAUCAAUUCAUUGGCAAAGACAAUGUUGUCUUCCACUCUGAUACCUGGACGAAACUUCAUCACCUUUCCACGACGGAUUACCUUACUUACGAGGGUGGGAAAUUUUCUAAAUCCCGCGGCAUUGGCGUUUUCGGAGACUCUGCUCAAAAGACUGGGAUCUCUGCUGACAUCUGGCGCUGCUGCUUGCUUUCCCACCGCCCAGAGGCUGGUGACAGUGAGUUUACUUGGGACGCAUUUAUUAAUUGCAAUAACAACUUGCUCCUUAAAAAAUUCGGCAACUUUGUCAGCCGUGUUCUGAAAUUUGUUAACUCUCGUCACUACAACAAUAUUGUACCAAACUGGACCGAAUACCGUGAAGACUCCUUUGAUACUUUUAAAGAAGAGAUCAACAAGCUUCUCGCGCAGUACAUACAAGAAUUCGAUGCUGUCAAGAUUCGCCCCGCUUGGUCGACAGUUCUCCAGAUAUCUCAGCUGGGCAACGGCUUUCUACAAUCGAAUAAACUCGAUAAUAGUCUUGCCGAAAAUGAGCCGUCCAAAUGUGCAGCAGUUAUUGGCAUAGCCGCUAAUACAGUCCACCUUCUUGCAUCUAUCAUUGCCCCGUACAUGCCGGACACAGCAAAGUCCAUCAACUCACAACUUUGUGUGGAUCCACUUCCCAUCCCAGACCGCUGGAAUGCAGAUUCUAUCAAGCCUGGUCAUCAAAUUGGCAAGUCUGAGCACUUGUUUAGUCGUAUCAAGCCCGAAAAGGCAGACGAAUGGCGAAGGAGCUAUGGCAGUGACGAGGUGAAAAAGGUCAAGGAGGAGGAAGUUGCAAUGAAAGCGAAGAAGAGGGCAGCUAUGAAGGCGGGGAAGGCAGGGAAUGCAGGGAAGGCAGGAAAAGGAGAGAAUGUAGGUAAGGCAGAAGAUAUGGCGUCAAAAGGUUGA